GACAAACGUGUCAGCGCUACAGAGAUGCUUGAGCUCCUGCUGUUCACAGAGUUCAGAGAACCAGAGGAAGAGACGGAGGCCCUGCCUUAUGAUCACUCUAUGGACAACACAGAAGUGACUCUCGAUUAAUGGAAACUUUCUUUCAACAACGCCAUGAGGAGAGCUGCUUUGUUAAUACUGCUGACGGGUCUCUUGGCCAGCGGACAAGAGCUACGCUGGGAAAACGGCUAUGACCAGCCUCUAGAUUUUGACUGCCCUGCAGGACAGUCGAUAUCCUACAUAAAGAGCCAACAUGAUAAUCGUCGUGAGGACCGGAUGUGGGAGUUCGGCUGUAAAAAAACCUUCGAUACUGCCAGAGACUGUUUCUUGACGCCUUACGUCAAUGAUUUUGACCAAGCGUUCACCUACGAGUGUCCACCGCACCACAUCAUCACAGGAAUGGCCAGCUACCACGGCAAUAGGCAGGAGGACAGGCGCUGGCAGUUUUACUGCUGUAGAGGUAAGGGCUACUGUACGUCUGGCUGCCAGUGGACGACUUAUGUGAACUAUUUUGAUGAGGCCUUCCACUGGACCGUACCAAACCAAAGCUACCUGGUGGGUGCUGAAAGCUACCAUGCAAAUAGACAAGAAGACAGGCGCUGGAAGUACAAGUAUUGUGCUAAAAAACAAUGUUGAGAUUCUCAAAUGCAAAUGAUCUCAAAUCUGAAAUAAACGCAAGAUG